GAUUAAUCUAAAGCUUUUCCUAAAGCAAUGUUAAGUGCAAAUGUCAAAUGGUUAAAUGGUGUUUGUUAGAGAAAGUGAUAUAAAUAUUUAAAAUAAAAACCCAAUUAAUAAAACUACUUAAAUCAAAGGCAUUAGCUAAGUGAAAGAAACCUUCUUUGAGUGCCCCAACAAAGUGAAUUCCAGAGAUACCGAAGGUGCUUAAAUGAUUAUGCAUGGUACCUGGUACAAGGGACCUCAGUUGGCGCAUCAUCCUCACGGCAGCACCCACAGUCACGGUCACAAUCACAGCGACUAUCACCAGUUCCGCUCGUACCCCUCCUUUGUUGUGACACCCUAUCACGAUGGCCAUGUCCAGGGUCCGGCCACGCCCAGUCCCUGCCCGGCCCCAUCAACGCCCUGCAAUGGUCCAGGUCAGAUCCCAAUUCCAGUCUCGCUCUCCGUCUGUCAAAGUGGAGGCCACGGGUCACCUAUAAGUGUCGAAGGAUCCUUUGCCGCCGCCGCUGCAGCUGCUGCUGCUGCUGCUGCUACUGCCGCUGCCGUCGGAGGAGCUAGUGCCACGCCCCUGUUGUCCAGUCCGCCCAUCAAGAUCGAACAGGUAUUCAGCGAACCAGCUGCAUCCUCACUAGGAGUCGUCGUCGAGGACUACGCGCUGAGCCUGGAUUGCUCCGUGGAGCAUACAUUUCGGAAACCCCACAACAGCAACAAUAAUAACAACAACAACAACAACAGUGGCUAUUCUUGGUCCAGCAGCAGCAAUAACAACAACAACAACACCAACGAAAUCAUCAACAACCAUCCAACCACACCACCCACACCGCCCCACGAGACAGCUCCAGUGUCCGCAAUUAAUUUGAAUCAAACCCAACCCGCAUCACAGACGCGUCCAAACUUUGGCAACUCCAUAAAGUCACCACCACCGUCCGAGCCGGACGCGGUCACCGCCACCGCCACGUGCAAAAGUCAGGAGACUCAGGGCUCACCUCCACAGCCCAACAACUCCAGCUCCAAUCCGAACUCCAACACUCAUCCCAAUCACACACUGACUCAUACCCAAUCCCAGUCGCAAACCCAUUCGCAAACCCAUUCCCAUUCUCAUCAAAACCCCAAUUCAAAUUCAACGGCCGCCGCUGUGGCCGCUGCUGCUGCUGCCGCCGCCGCUGCCAACAUGCCGAUCGGCAGCGUCCAGGGCCAGAAUCCCACCCAGGGUUUGGUCCAUUGGAUGAGCGCCGUGAUGGCCGAGCACAUGACCGGCCAGACGCACCACGAUCCCAGUGCCGUGGGCAUGCACUAUAUGUGGAAUGGCAAUGUUGAUCAUGCCAAAGACAUAAGCGAUUACAAUCUUUGGCCGCCAACGCCGCGCAGUCAUCAGCAUGCCAGCGAGCAUCAUCCGAUGUCCCUGAAACAGGAGUACGAGGCCAAAAUGAACGAUCACCACCACAACAAUCUGCAGAAAGGUCACUUUCUGGAUGACAAUCGUCUGGAGCAUCAUGCGGUUACGGGACAAGGUGGCCUGGGUCUUGGUGCAUCUAACGGUGGUCCAGGUGGAGGAGGAGCAGGUGGUGCUGGCUCUGGCGGCGGCAACAACUCCAACCUGGGUCCCACCUCGCAUCAUGCCGCCGCCGCUGCUCAUCAUCACAAUCAGGCAGUGGCCGCUGCCUCCGCCGCUGCCUUGUUAGUGGUGCCACAGCCUAUUAAUGCCAGCAAAAUGGGCGGACCCGGCGGUGUCGCCUCGGUGGCCAGCGCACAUGCCGGCGGCACUGGCAGCGGACGCAAGUAUCAGUGCAAAAUGUGCCCCCAGAUCUUCAGCUCGAAGGCGGACCUGCAGCUGCACACGCAAAUCCAUAUGCGGGAGGCGAAGCCGUACAAGUGCACGCAGUGCUCGAAGGCCUUUGCCAACUCAUCGUAUCUGUCGCAGCAUACGAGGAUCCACCUGGGCAUUAAGCCGUACCGCUGCGAGAUCUGCCAGCGCAAGUUCACGCAGCUCUCGCACCUGCAGCAGCACAUCCGGACGCAUACGGGUGACAAACCGUACAAGUGCCGGCAUCCCGGCUGCCAGAAGGCCUUCUCGCAGCUCUCGAACCUGCAAUCGCACUCCCGCUGCCAUCAGACGGAUAAGCCCUUCAAGUGCAACUCCUGCUACAAGUGCUUCUCGGACGAACCGUCGCUCCUGGAGCACAUCCCCAAGCACAAGGAGUCCAAGCACCUGAAGACGCACAUCUGUCAGUAUUGUGGCAAGUCCUACACGCAGGAGACCUACCUGACCAAACACAUGCAGAAGCACGCGGAGCGGACGGACAAGCGACCACCGAUUGUACCGGGCAGUGCAGCAGCUUUGGCAGCGGCUGCCGCUGCUGCUAAUCCCGCCAAUGGACCCCCACAGCCACCGCCUACCAAUCCCCAAUCCGCCGCCGCCGCUGCUGCCGCCCAGCAUCAGCGCAAUAAUCUGGGCCUGCCCCCCGUUUCCAUAGCACCCAGCGAUAAUGGCUAUUGGCCCAAGGUGAGUCCCGACUCUGCCGCUGCAGCCAAUGCCAUGGAGGUGAUGCAUCAACAGCAGCAGCAGCAACAGCAACAGCAGCAGCAACAACAACAGCAGCAGCAGACCCAUCACCAUCAUCCACAGCACGGAGUGCCACCACAGCAACAUGUCCCGCCACAGCAGCAGCAGCAACAACAGCAACAGCAGCAGCAACAGCAACACCAUCAUCCGCAGCAGCAACAGCCGCCGCCGCAACAUGGCAUGGAGGCGCACUACGUCCAACCGACGGCACCGAAUAGCGCCCAGAGCAAUGGUCAUGGAACAGAGCUUCAGUCGCAUCAUCGCAUGCCAGAUCCAGUUCGAGAGGAUAUAGUUUCGACUCCCAGCGCCGUGGGUCCCUAUGACGCCGCAUCCAUUGCCAAGAGCGCCAGCAAUUCGGCUUUCACGCCGAUCAACUCGAUGCCGCCGCACUUGAAUUCGCUGAGUCACCAUCCGAUGGCCCAGCGACCUUAUCUCUACGAUGCCAUCAGCUUUCCCAAUAAGAACGUGAACCAGAACAAUGCCAACGCGUUUCCCAAUCAGCUGAUCUCGCUGCACCAGAUCCGGAACUAUGCCCACCAACCGGCGGGUUUGAUGGCCGGCGAGCAUCUCCUGGGCGUGAGCGUGGGCCCCGGCAAGGAGAAGGGGUAGCUAGGGUCCUACUUCUAAGUUUCCCGUUCAAAGACCACGAUUAUUUAUCCCAGCAAGGACGAGGCGUGCAUUCCUGUACAGUAUUAAUUUGUAGUUAGUCGUAGAGCGUUAGGGACUGAUGGUAGUUUCCGUUUCGGUUUAAGUUAACGGGGAGUUAAGCACACUGUAAAUGGCCAACGAUACGUAUUCUGAUUUGACUAACACCGUCCACACCUUAGUUUACACGAUAUCUCGGAAUAUGAACUAUGCACUCUGUCCGGCAAACAAAAGGUUCUCCUUCCCAUCAAUCAAUAAGUUGUCCAAGACGUCGUCCAUGUGGAUCAGUAUGUAUAUAUAUAUAAUUGAUAACGUAUUUAUUUUCGAUGCACAAACGGAUCUCGCAGUCCUGAAUCAAUGGCAGAAGCUGCAAACUACGCCGAUAUAUGUACAUAAAUAUACAUCAACCUAAAAAGAAACUAACCGGCAAAAGUAAUUUACAUUAAAUCUUCAAAUAUAUUCAUAUAUAUAUUUGUUUACGUGUAUCGUAUUAAAUUCAGAAAUUUCUGAAAGAAGUUUCUCGAGAGACAAAGUAAAAUAUAACAAAAAUAAAAUUCAAACUAUAGAUGGAACUAUGCGAUAGAUGAAAACUAUUUUGAAAAAAAAUUAAAAUAAAAACAUUUUCUAAGUACAUAAAUGUUGACAAAAGGCAAAAACCGAAGACGGAUUCAAAUAAAGCCCACACAGAGAUGAUGUUGUAUUACUUUUUGGAAAGACUGAAGUGAUCAAAAUUAACGAAAAUGAAAAAAGAAAAACCGAACAACAUACAUAUAAUGAUAAAGAUAAAGCUAAAGAUAUCAAAACAUUUUAAAGAGCGUUUUUACCGCAGUUACUAAGCAAAAACUGAAUGUGUCCUAUGAAAUUUCGUACUAAAUGGCAGAAACUAAACCUAAAUACGAGUAUGGCAACAUCAAAUGUAAUGUAUUAUUAACUAAAGUAAUUUUAACUUUAAUAUAAAUCUAAUUAUAAAUAUUAACUAACCCAUAGCUAGUGUUUAACUCCAGAAUGCAAUCUCAAUGUAAAGAAAACAAAAGCGAAACAAAACACAAAACCAGAACAAAAUACCUACCUUGUAAGUGAAUAGCAAAAUGAACUCUGACCCACAACAACUCACUCACACACACACAGAAACACACACACAUGCAGACGCAUCAAAUAGAAACAUUUGGGGUAUUCAGAUAGCCGAGCUAAAUGAUUAUUGUUUUACCGUUUAACGAUUACAAAACACGAUUACAGUACGAAUAUUCGAAUUCAGAGUAUAGUUCCCGUUCCCAAUCGGACACCGAUCGAACGGAUAGCCGAAUAUGCAUACCUAAAUAAUUGUCAACAGUAGAUGUGUGUUCCUCAGUUGAUGUACAUUGAUUUCCGAUUAACCACGAACUCAGCCCGUAAUAAAGUGAAUUAAAUGUU